GGACAGUAUAGUGGGGCUUUCAAUGUCACUCUGCCCAUUGACCUCAUUUCACCCAUGGCUACCCUCUUUGUUUACACUUCCUUUCCUGAGGGACAAGUGGCAGCCGACACCUUCAGUCUGAAAGUCUCCAAGUGCUUCAGGAACCAUGUGAAGCUCGGCUUCUCAGACACAGUGGCUCUCCCAGGAUCAGCUGUCCGUCUCCAUUUGCAGGCUGCACCAGGCUCCCUAUGUAGCAUCCGUGCUGUAGACCAGAGCGUCCUUCUUCUGAGGCCAGAGGCUGAGCUCUCCAGGGAUAGUGUGUACAAUAUGUUCAGCUCUUCUCAGGAGUACCCCAGGACCCUCACAGACUCUUACAGUGACUACUGUACUAUCCAUAAGAGCCCAGGAAUCAUCGUUUCCCCUCAGACCACCCUUCCACCAGGAACAAUGUCACCAUUCGUGUACAACAGAUACUCUUAUGCAGUGUCCCAACCAGAUGUUUAUGAACUUCUAAAGAAUUCCGGUCUAACAUUUUUAACCAGCCUUAAAAUCAAGUCUCCAAUUGAGUGCCGCACCCAGACCACUUUCUACUACGACUACAUGUCUUAUGGCGAACUGGCAGACUUGGACAACUUGGACCCAGAAACAGAUGCUGCUGUUGAACGUGCUGAGUCAGAGCACGUUGAGCUGGGUAGCGAGGCAGGGCCAGUACGUACCUGGUUUCCAGAGACAUUCAUCUGGACUCUGGUUCCCAUCAAUGAUUCAGGGGCUGCUGAGCUAGCUGUCACAGUACCCGACAGUAUCACAGACUGGAGAGCCAUGACCUUCUGCACCUCAGAGAGCCAUGGGUUGGGAAUCUCAGAGACCACCAGCCUGCGGAGCUUCAAGCCCUUCUUUGUGGAACCCACCUUGCCCUAUUCUGUCUUCCGGGGAGAAUCAUUUCCCCUGAAAAUCAAAGUCUUCAGCUACCUGAAGCAGUGCAUGGUGGUGAGUGGCUCCCUCCAGGAUGGUUUUGGGCAGGUGGAUGUGUGGUAA